UGACAUACCUCUCGACCCCCAGCCCCAACGGUUCUUCCCAUUGUAACGUCAUAGAGAGGCGCACACUAUGGGAACAAACUGAUUGAGCUUUAAAAAUACUAUAAACUUUCAACAUACCAAAUAAAUGUCUCAACUGUUUCAAGCUAAUCAUUUGCUCAAUGUUACGAAAUCUUCUUGUUUCUAUUUGUUGUUUUGUGUCUGUUCUGUGAUCGAUGUCUUACACUGUGAUACAACUGUAUGUCGAUGUUGAAAGACUACGUCACUGGAAACUUGCCUCGGAUACGUCAAUACAUUUCUGGAAAUAAAUUGCAGACAAUCGCGUUCGCGUACAGACAUUAUAACUUUGGACCAUACAUUAAAUUGGAUUUAGUGGUGUGAAUCUGUGUUCCCCCAAACUACUUACCAAUGGAAAUAUCCAGGAGUACCAGGCUAGUUUUGGUCGUCUUCUGUCAGCUGACUGUGUGGACAAGAACUACUUCAGUGGAAGGCAGGAGAUUCGUUGACCGCCAGACCAGCUACGGUACAGUGCGUGGUUUUGUGGAUGUGAUCAAAGGGAGACAGAAAGUAGAGAAAUACCUUGGUGUUCCGUACGCCAAGCCUCCAGUGGAAAAUUUGAGAUUUGAGGCUCCUGAACCUCCGGACACAUGGGCAGGGGUCAGAACUGCAUAUGAGCUGUCCCCAGCUUGUCCACAGCCUCGACUUGGUGUAGACUACAUCCAGCUUCACGUCCCUGACUUCAACCACACCAGUGAAGACUGUCUCUAUUUAAACAUCUAUGUGCCCAGGGCUUCGCGCCACAGCCAGCGUCACGCUGACGUCCAACACCACCGUCCACAGUAUGCAGUUCUAGUUUUUAUACACGGCGGAAGCUAUCAGAACGGGAUGGGUGCCAUGAUGGAUGGUAGCCAUCUUGCCACAAGGGAGAUUAUUGUCAUCACUUUCAAUUACAGACUCGGGCCAUUAGGCUUCCUGGAAACAAACGAUAAAUCAUUUCCAGGAAAUUAUGGUUUACUUGACCAGCUCGAGGCCUUACGUUGGAUCCAGAAAAAUAUCCACAAUUUUGGUGGCGAUCCUGACAGAGUGACCAUUGAUGGACAUAGUGCUGGAGGUUGUAGUGUGGGCUUGCUCAUGCUAAUGCCAAUGGCCAAAGGUUUAUUUAGCAGAGUGAUUCAACAGAGUGGUUCACCGUUCGCUGACUGGGCCGUAACGCGACAGCCAAUUACGCCCAACUUCUACUUCAAAAUAUUCACCACAGCUGUGGGUUGCUAUGGGAACGGUACUGCUGAAGUAAAAACUUGUCUUAAAGAGUUGCCCUCAGAUGUCAUUGAAAGAGUAAUCCUAGAACAGCCCGAGCAUCCUGUGUCCCUGGUUCCACCUUUCAGGCCAGUAGUGGACGGUGCAGUGCUACCAGACACGCCUGAAAAACUGGCGGCCACAGGGGAGAUCAAUGGGGAUGAAAUCCUGACAGGCACCACAACAGACGAAGGUCUCAUGGCAGCUGUGCCUCUCCUCAACAAUUAUGGAGUUGGUCGACACGGCCUACAGCGUCUUCAGGCAGUCAUCAGUGGUUUUAGUGUUGAUCUACCAGCUGUACGAAGUUUGUUAGACAAUGUUAUGGAACAGUACUACCAGUGGCCUUAUGAGUUUGAAGACGAGGAGAUCAAAAAAGGUUUUGCUGAGAUCGUCGGAGAUUAUUUUAUUUCUGCUCCAACUCAGCAGACGGCUGACCUUCUUUCUUCCAGGAAUGUGACGGUCUACUUCUACAACUUUGAUUACUUGUCUCAACAAGAUAGAUCCGAUGGUGUGUACCAUGGGGUGGAGCUCUUUUACCUGUCUGGCUACCCUCUGACGGGGCACGAUAACUUUCGUUAUAAUGACGUGGAUAAGACAAUGGCGAUUAAGUUGAUGCAACUCUGGGUGAACUAUGUACAGCACGGCCUACCAUCUCUGGAGCCACUAGAAGAGUUCCACAUGUCCCCGUACACUAUUUCCACACCUUCGUUCACACGGAUGACACUGGUCAACGACGAUGCCACUCUGUUGCUGGAAACCUCAUUCAAACAGAGCAAAAUGGCUUUCUGGAAUAACUUUGUUCCUAAUCUGUACCUCCAUCAGCUCCGCAGGGACAUUCACCUCCUGAACACGAGCUCGUUUGACAGCCUUGUCCCAGCCUGCAAGAGAUGUUUGCAGAGCUACGUUCUGACACAACCAUCGAGCAGCUGGAUCCUAAUCACCGCUUGCAUUGGGCUGUCUAUCUUGACCAUCUUAUUGUCCGCAUUCUAUUGCCAAGUCAGACGGAAGGUGAAAACAUUAAUUAGACAAAGCAGUGUCAGUAGUGGACAGGCCAUUCUGUAGGCACUAUGGUUGGGUGUACUGGUAUUGUUGUAUGGUUGUGAUAAUAUAUACAUCAUUUCAUUGUUGAUCCACUACUGAUAUAACCUAAAAAGGCUGAUUUGUGUUCUUACUAAAGUGUUAAUAUUGACCAAUGUUGAUAAGACAUAAAAUUAAAAAAAAAGAACAUUCAUACAAGGCUAUGUAUGUUACACUUAGAGAUCUACUCCGUAAGUCGACGUUGACACAACUCUUUGAGGCAUUCCAUCGUGUUGUUCUUUGAAAUGUUUACCAGAUAUUUUCUACUUUGUUCUUGUGAGCAGAGAUCAAACAUAGGAGGUAUUUGUAGUAGAGGUGUUCACAUUGUCAUACAGCGUUUUAAGAGAAGUGUGUUUUCACCAAGCUGGAAACGUCCAAACAUGUUAAAAGACGUAUUCUACUACAUCUGUUAAAAAGAGACAUUUCUGUUCAGAUUCUACUCUUGACUGACUUGGAUGUGCUUUUUAAACACAGCUGACUUACAGUUUGUAUCCUGAAGAAAUAUUGGCUUUGAAGCAAGCUGUUGAAAUCAUUUUGUAAGGUUUAUAUUGAUCUAGUCAACAAUGCAUUCUGGAAAUGUUAAGGCCUAAGAUCGACUGUGAAUGAGCUUUACAAAUGCAAUAAUAUUGUUGUAUUGUUAAAUAGUUUAAUGUUCUACUCAUUUCACAAGGAUGAUUUGUUGAGGCCAGGCAGUGUUGACUCAUUGACCAUAGUGGACAUCAAAAGAAAUUACAUAUCUUUUUGUUUCUUCCUAUUGUAAAUGUUUCUCAUUUUGUAAUUUUCAUUAUGCUUUAUCAAAGCUUCGACAUGGAAAAUGACUCACUGUUAUCAAACAGUGCUGCUAUAUUAUAAUUAUUUGAACUAAUCAUUGUGAUGUUUUUUUUCUGAUUUAAUGUCAUUUAGCCUGGUUACACAUAUUUCUUAAUUGAGCCAUUAAGAAUGCGAAACUUUUUUUUAAAUUUAUAGUAUAGUAUAUUUUGAUUAGUUAUUAUUUUUCGCCUUGAUACUCACUGCCUGUUAAGCUUAUAAAUAAAUGGAUCCAGUGAGUAAUGACUAGAAAUGAUGGAAUGCAUAUGUUGAACUAUUGAAGACCAAAAGAAAGGGUUUGUAUCUAACUACAUUUGUUUGAGAACAAAAAACAGUAGGAUCUAGGCUUUGACAAUCUUGAAACCAAGAUAGUAGUAGUAGUAGGAUUUGUACACUAGGGGAGGGAGGGAGAGGGGGGGGGGAGUGGGAGUUGUUUUUUUUUGUAAAUUUGGACAAGUAGUAGCUACAAUGCUACAUCUUGGCUACUCCUUUUUUAUAUUUCUAUCCUUUAAAUGUCAGUAUGUUGUUUUGGAGGUUAUAGAUCUGGAUUGGUUGUUAUGUGACUUUUUGUUAAAACAUGGUGCCGGAGUAAAUAAAAAAAAAUGGUAAUGUAGUUUUUGAAUGCCAUUGAAUUAUUAAUUAUGUCUAUUUCAAAUGAACUGAAAUAAUUAGUUACAUAAAUGAAUUAUUUCCUUGUAGUGCAUGUUUAGAUUUCUGAAAAAAGCAUAGAGCCAGUAGAUGCUAAUGUGAUACUUGUAGGUCUAAUCAUAUUGCCUGUUUUCAUUAUAGAAUUUCAAAAUUGCUUUUCUUUGUUGAAAGCAAUGAUACAAAGAUUUUAAUUUGAUUUCCUGUUCAGAUAUAUAAUAAUACAUGAUUUGAUUUAGUCGCAAUACUUUAGUAGCAAUGGGACCUGUUCUUGUUAACUCCCCCCCCCCCCCCUUCCUCCUCUAACCAGGUUUAUACAUGUCCCAAAAGAUAUGGAUAUUUCAAUAGGGAAAUAUCUUUUCUCCACGUAACAUUCACAGCGAAUGUUGAGUUCUUUUAGUAGUAGCUCUUGGAGACAAUUGAAAAUCAUUUUUUGAAACCAGUUUGAUUUGAUUUUAUAGAUGAAGCACUGAUUAUAUUGCAUUCCUUACAAAGGCGAAAAAAUUUAUAAUUCAGUCUUUGUCAAAGAUAUUAUCCUGUCAAUUCAUUCUAUUACAUACCAGAACCAUAUCAGAAACACAGCAUAUUUAAAUAAUUUGCUACUUAAGAGAAAUUCAUUGGAAGUAACAUUUUAUAGACUUUCGUAACAUUCGUAACAUAUGUUUUUGUACUGUAUUUAAAAUGAUUGUUGUCUUGUCUUUUAUUUUUAUACCAAAAAAAAAAAAAACCCUGCAUAGUUAUCUUUUGUUGUCAAAUGGUUGUUAUUUUUUUUCUACACAUAUUAAAAUAAUUCAAUUUUUAAUAAAUGACUUUUCUCA